ACACUGUAACCUGUUUGGUUCUGCAUGUCUUUACGCACAAGUUGGUGGUGUGUGUGGGCAAAUGGACAAGGUGUUUUUCUUCUUCUCUCUCACUUUGCUCUGGCUUUUCCCAGGUGAUUCCCAGAAGGUCGAGAUGCCUAAGAAAGAUGUGGAAGCAAUCAAGGGCCAAAUGGUGGUUCUGGAGGCCUGGUACACGCCCACAUCCAUCAUCGAGAAAAAUACAGUCAUCUGGAACUUCAUGGCCAGUGACUCCAAACAAAUUAUCUCCUAUUCCUCAGGGGAGAUUGGGAUUGGAAGUUUGGAAUUCCAGAAACGUGUUGGUUUUGCUGCGUCCAUGCCCUCCACCAACCUUUCCAUCUACAUCAACAACACGCAGGAGUCUGACUCGGGCCGUUACCUCUGCAACGUCAUCAUUCCUGGAGCACAAGGUCUUUCUGGGGAGCUGCAGCUAAAUGUUAAAGUCCCUCCCUCUACUCCAGUGUGCUCGAUGAGCGGGGAUCCUGUGCUGAGAGGGAACGUGACGCUAAGCUGUAAAUCCAGCUACGGCAAACCCGUCCCUCAGUACAAGUGGACCAAAGCUGCUCCUGUCUCUGAGGUCUACUUCUCUCCAAUGCAGAAUGAGCAGCAGGGCACCCUGAGGUUAAGCAACCUGACCAAAAGUAUGUCAGGUAAAUACGUGUGCAAGGCCAGCAACACAGCCGGGAGUGACAGCUGUCACAUCAACUUGGAAGUCUCCACCUUAAGCAAUGCCUGGCUGAUAGCAGGAGCCACUGUGGGUUCGGUUGUGGGGUUCGUGGCCCUCGUCCUGUUUCUGGUCUUCAUCUUCAGGAGGGAAUGUGAUACAGAAGAUGAAAUAGCCAAUGAGAUCAAGGAGGACGCUCAGGCUCCAAAGCGGGUUUCCUGGGCAAAGAGUGCUACCACAUCAGAUAUCAUCUCUAAGAACGGCACUCUGUCUUCUAUAGCCAACAGUCCUGCUCCUCAAGACCCUGCUCACAUGCCUAGCAACCAUUACCCAUACAUCCCUGGGCCCUGUGACUCCAUUCUCACUGCUUCAGGUGACACACAUCUGUACCCAGGAGACCCCAAUCCUCUUCAUGGGCUACCUGGAUACAACGUCAGCAAGAUGCCUCCACACCUCCACCACCAACCAAAGAAGAGCUGUACACUCAGGACUGAUGGAGCUCAGCCGCAAGCACCGAGCUCCACCCCUGUACUCAUCAGAUCAGUGCCAAUCUGUGGCGCUGUGCCUGUCACGGUAGCCGCUCAGAAACAGGUCGGUUCCCUCGUCUAGACCAAACCAGUUACCUCAAGUGGAGCAAACAGACUCACCAUUAGUCCAUAAUUGAAUUUUUUUUAUAAAUAAGGUACAAGUUCUCUAUGUAAAAUAUUAGAAGUCUGUUUUAUAAAGUAUAUCGUAAAGGAUAAGAGAAUGGUGAUAUUUUUGCCUAGAAUAGUGAAUUGCACUGAUCCAUAACAUUAAAACCACUGACAGAAGUGAAUAUCAUUGAUUAUCUCUUACAGUGGACUCGUCAAGGGAUGUUAUAUUAGGCAGCAAGUAAAUAGUCAUUUCUCGAAGUUGAUGUGUUGCAAGUGUAAAGAUCUAAGAGACUUUCACAAGGGCCAAAUUGUGAUGGUUAGACAACUGGAACAGAGCAUCUCCAGGGAAGGCUGGCUCUGAAAAAAGGUGUCUCAUCCUGCUUCUGAGUCAUCAUUCACGUCACCUGCCAGAGGUUUUAAUGUUCUAACUAAUCUUUGUAUAUCUUCAUCUUUCAAACUAUGACUAUUUUUGCAUUUAUGUUCUCAGACUCCAUUUGAUUUGACAAUUUUAU